AUGGAUCCUCAUGGCAGCAUUGAUGGGUUGGGUUAUGACAUGUCCCAAUUCGUCUCUCCGCAGCCUCCACAAAUCUUCGGGGCCUACAACCCAGACGGCACUCCUAUACCUGCGACCCUCCCACCUGGUGCAUACUUUGGCGAUUUCAAUGAUGGAGGUGCCGACGAGAAUGAUCCAAAACGCCGGCGCAUUGCAAGGGCUUGCGAUAUGUGCAGAAAGAAGAAGAUAAAGUGUGACGGCAAGAUGCCCAAAUGCGGUCACUGUAUAAACUACAAGACGGAAUGUAUCUUCACACAGGUCGAGAAGAAGCGGAAUCCUCCAAAGGGAGCCAAGUAUAUCGAAGGCCUCGAAAACCGCCUUGGGCGCAUGGAGUCGCUCUUACGGAUGUCCGGGCUCCUCAGCGAAGAAGAAGCUGGGAAAACAGACUUGGGUACAUUGGAGAAGCGUCUCGCCGAAAAGGCCUCUUCAAGGGACUUUCCAACGCACAAGACAGACUCUCCGGGCGCUGCGAAGAGUGGCGCCAAUUCUGCGGCGGCCGAGAACUCCCCAAGACCUGCCUCCCAACGGGACUCCCUUGAGACUCCCCGUGAUAAUAUCACUUCACCGAGUACGGAUGGCGAGAGACCAAGCCGAGAGGAAGUAGAGAAUCUUUCCGAGGCCAUGUGCUCGCUUGUCACCAACAAUGUCGGUGAGACCAGAUACAUUGGAUCGUCUUCGGCCUUCUCCAUCUUCUCGAGUAAAGGUAUCGAGUGGGUCAAUGAGAAGACUGGGGAUACCUCUUUUCAGGAAACCAUUCAGAAUGCCGUCAACGACGAUGAUACCAAGUGGCAGUACUGGAAACCUGAGGUUUUUGGAGACAUAUUCGUUCGCCGAGUCUUCAAGCCGCUGCCACCAAAGGAAGAAGCUUUGUCCUUAUUCAAAGAUUUCUUUGAGAACUUUAACUGCAUGUUCCCAUUAUUCCAUGAACCUACUUUUAUGCACCUUGUCGAAAAGCAAUACUCCAAAGACCCGUACGAAGGAAGCGGGUGGUGGGCGAGCAUCAACGUCGCUCUCGCCAUUGCUUACCGCAUCAGAGUCAUGAGUAAUGUUGUUCCGCAAGAAGACGACCAGAAGGCGUGGCUUUACCUGAAGAAUGCCAUGGGCGUCAUCACUGAACUGACCAUGCGAAACACCGAUCUUCUCAGUGUCCAGGCGCUGCUCGGCAUGGCUUUGUUCCUGCAAGGCACACCAAACCCUCAGCCGUCCUUCUUUCUGAUCGCUGCUGCCAUCAGAUGUUCACAUACAAUAGGACUCCACAAGCGAGGGUCUGCAUUCAACCUCAAUCCCAUCGAAGUGGAACAGCGCAAGCGAGUCUUCUGGAUCGGGUAUCUGCUCGACAAGGAUGCCUGUCUUCGGGCUGGUAGACCGCCUGCGCAGGACGAUGAUGACAUGAAUGUCGAGCUACCCUCGGAAGAUCCCCCUGAUAACAUUGGCAACGUCCCAUUGGCAGACGGCAAGAGCAAGAUCAAUCUCUUCCGUCUCAUGUGUGAGUUUGCCAUUAUUUCCAGCAAGGUGUAUCGUCAACUCUACUCCGUCAGAGCUUCGAAGCAGAGUGACGGAGAGCUCUUGAACACCAUCGGCGAGCUCGACAAAGAAUUGGAAGCUUGGAAGGACAGCAUUCCUCUCGACUUCCGACCCGAACACGAAAUCAAGACGUCUCAUACCCCGCUCAUUCUGCAUAUUGUCGUCCUUCAUUUCUCCUACUACAACUGCUUGACGACAAUUCACCGGAUGUCUGUUCACCACGGCUAUUGGACCAGCCGACUGUCGGAAUAUGCCAUCCAAGGUCUCAACGCAAGGCCCCUCAAUCCAAGGGUCUUUUCUUCUGCGGCACUCUGUGUUUCAGCUGCCCGAGCCUCGAUCCACCUCAUCAAAUACAUUCCGCAAGGUGACUUUGCUUGCGUUUGGCUAGUCCUAUACUUCCCCGUCUCGGCACUCGUCACCCUUUUUGCCAACAUCCUGCAAAACCCCCAAGACACCCGUGCACGAGCCGACAUCAAGCUGAUGGACCUUGUCGUCAAUUUUCUCUCGAAUGUGGCGCAUGACGAAGGCACUGGAUCGCUGAACCGCAUGCUCACUGUAUGCUCGGAGUUCGCCCGCAUUGCCAGAGUGGUGAUUGAAAAAGCAGAGAAGGAAGGCUCAAAACGAAAACGCAGGCUUGUGCCGGAAGAAGUCAUGCGUGUCAAUCAAUCAGCCAUGGCGCAGGUGCAGUCGCAGAUCAACGGGCGCAAGGCUGGAUCUCGGAGAUCAAGCGGCGCCGGAGCCUCACCACGUACCACUACGAGCAACAUACCACAUACUUCCACCACCGCCGCGCCCGUGACGCCCCUUGCCAGUAAUGCUGCGGGCAACAACAUGAAUUCUAACACUCAGUUCUUUAACAUGCCGGCCCUUGACAACGAUUAUGCUGACAUGAUUUCGGCGCCAGGCCUCAGCCCAGAUCUCAGUAGUCAGCAAAUGCCCAGCUCCACCAUGUCGCCUCUCAACGUCGGGUCUUUUCAACAACCUUUUGUCCCUCAGGACUUGUGGCAGAUGCCUAUGACUUUUGAGUGGGAUUGGGCGGAGACGUUUGGGCAGCCCACUUAUAACGACUUUAUCUUGAGCGACACUAUGAAUGACGGGAUGAUGCCUCAACAAUGA